AAAACGUUGAAACACGUUUUGCGAAUAUUUUCAAUGGCCAACGACAAAAGCACCGUAGUCCAUUCGACGACCAUCAGUGAAUUUAAUCCAAGCGAAGACAAAUGGGGCAUUUUGAAAGAGCGUUUGGACAUUCACUUCACCGAAAUAAAUUGCACCGACGAAAAAGCAAAAAAAGCGAUUUUAUUAAAAUCAAUUGGAUCUUCAGCAUAUGAACUAUUACGCAGUCUAUGUGAUCCAAAGACGCCAGUGAAUAUAGAUUUGAGUGAGCUGUGCGACAUUUUGGAAUCUCACUUCACACCUCCAACUAUUGUAUAUCAUGAACGUAAAAAUUUCCAUGACGCCAUUCGCAACGAAAACGAAAGUGUGUCAACAUGGUAUGCUCGUAUCAAGAAGCUGGCUCUGCAAUGUAAAUAUUGCAACAAUUUGGAUGUGAUGGUAAAAGACAAGUUUAUUACUCAAUUGCCCGAGAAAAUUUUCACACGUAUAUGUGAAGAAGACGAAAAUUUGUCAUUGGCCGAUGCUCUUAAAAAAGCGAUGAUAUUUGAAACGAAAUUUGCGAUGAAAGUUAACACGGAUUCCGAAGUUAACUACAUGAGUUCAAAAAAAGGACAAAAACCUCGCAACAAAUGCAACAACAACCGUAAAACACCAGUACAACCGCCUGGCAAGAAAACCGCCUGUACGCCAUGUGGAUGGAAGACACAUGAGGCCCCUACAUGUCCAUACAAGGAAGCUACGUGCCAUACCUGUUCAAAGAAGGGUCAUUUAAGUAGCGUUUGCCGCUCCAAACAGGAAAAUAACAAGAAAAAUUUCAAUUUUAUUAAUUCUUCUAAUUCAAACCCAUAUGUAAAUUCUAUUUCUAAUGGCAAUUCGUUUGAUUUUUCUUUAUACAGUUUAAAUGAUGAUGAAUCUAGCGGCAUGUAUUGUUUGAAGGUCAAGUUCAGCGUCACAAUGAUGGACAUUGCAUGUGAUACGGGGGCACCGCGCACAUUUGUUCCGAAGACUUUCUACGAGAAGCAUUUAUCACAGUAUCCGCUAACGGCUUGUAAGAUCCCAUAUAGAACUUACGGUGGAAAUGAAAUUAAUAUAAUUGGUGAGUGUUUAGCAAGUAUUACUUAUGGGGACACCAGCAAACGUAUUACAGUUGUAGUGACCGAUGCAAACGCACCACCUUUAUUAGGUAGAAAUUUUCUACGUGCAUUUAAAUUUUUGCUAGUGCAAAUGGAUCAAAAUCAUGAGAACCUUGUUCACUCGAUUCGAUCUCCAGAGAAUCGAAGUUUGUCCGUAAUUGUAGACCAAAUUAAAAGUCAAUUUUCAGAACUUUUCGAUGGCCAAUUGGGCAAAUAUAAUGUUUGUGAAAUUUCAUUGCAAAUUGAUAGUCAAGCCAAGCCGGUAUUUUGUAAGCCACGACCAAUUCCAAUUGCUUGGAAGUCUGAAAUUGAACAAAAUCUGAGAGAUUUAGUUGCAAACGGCGUUCUUGAACAAAUUGAAACUGCGAAGUGGGGAACACCGUUAGUUCCCGUUCCUAAACCAGAUGGCAAAUUACGUGUCUGUGGUGACUACAAAACUACAAUUAACAAGUUUCUUGUUGAUGUUAAAUACCCAUUGCCUCUGAUCGAGGAAACCUUCACAUCGUUACAAGGUGGAGAAUUAUUUAGUAAAUUAGACAUGAGUGCUGCCUAUAAUCAAUUGUGUUUGGAUGAAGCAUCAUCUCUAUUGUGUGCUUGGAGUACUCAUAUUGGUACAUUUAAAAUGAAAAGAUUACCUUUUGGCGUAAAGCCGGCAGCUGCUAUUUUUCAAAUGCACAUGGAAAAUUUACUAAGGGGUAUCAAUGGCGUAGUUGUAUAUCAAGAUGAUAUCACAGUCACUGGAAGAGAUUUCAAAGACCAUCUCUUUAAUUUAAAAUCGGUUUUAAAAAAAAUGGCCGAUGCUGGUUUGAGAUUGAAUGCAGUUAAAUGCAUUUUCUUUCAAAAACAAAUUUCUUAUCUUGGUUUUACCAUUGAUAAAAAUGGUCUGCAUAAGAACAGAGAAAGAUUUGCGUCUAUUUUGGAUGCACCUAUUCCUAAAGAUAUUCAUGAAUUGAGAGCAUUUAUUGGCAUGGCUAAUUACUACUCACGCUUCAUAAAAGAUUUUUCAAAUAAAAUGAAUCCGUUGUACAUUUUGCUUCGGAAAGACGUUCAAUUCAUAUGGAACACAGAUUGUGAAAAGGCAUACGAUUUAAUAAAACAUGACAUUUCGUCAGAGCAAGUGAUGACUCAUUUCAAUCCAAAACUUCCAAUCGUUCUAACGACUGAUGCAUGCAAACAUUCUAUGGCAGGAGUCUUAUCACACCGGUUUCCGGAUGGGCUCAAACCCGUUGCUUUCAUUUCGAGAUCCUUAUCCAAAAGUGAAUUGAAUUACUCCGUCAUUGAAAAAGAAGCAUUAGCCAUAUUUUUCUCUGUCACUAAAUUGAAACAAUAUUUAUUGGGAAACUUUUUCACCAUCUUAACAGAUCAUAAACCCCUAUUAUCUAUUUUUGGUGAAACACACGGUUUACCUUUGAUGGCCGCAGCUCGCAUGCAGCGCUGGGCCCUGAUAUUGAGUGGUUUCAAUUAUGAAAUUAAAUAUGUAAAGGGCAUCGAUAAUGAGGCUGACAGUUUAUCACGUUUACCUCAGCUAUCGUACAUUGAAAAAUAUAAUGAUGCAAGCUAUAUAGAUUUGAUUGAAAAAGAUAAUGCUUUACGAAUAAAUUUUAAAAAUAUUGCCAUUGAAACGAGACGCGACCCCAUUCUCAGUAAACUUUUGGAAGCUAUCGAAAGCACCACUAUUGACAAAUUGGAUUCCAAUUUUGAUGUGUUCAAAAGCAAAUCACUUGAACUUACCGUCCAAUAUGGAUGCAUCAUGUGGGGGUUUCGAACGGUUGUGCCAACAAAACUUCGGCAAUGUAUUCUUAAUGAAUUACAUGCAUCCCAUAUGGGAGUAGUCAAAACCAAAUCAUUGGCAAGAUCAUACGCAAGUCCACCCAAAGCCGAGCUAAUACCAUGGGUACCAACAGACUCAGUUUGGAGUCGAAUUCAUAUCGACUUUGCUGGACCAAAUCUUAACCAUUAUUUUUUAAUCGUGGUAGAUUCACACACGAAAUGGGCUGACGUUUUUAAAACAAAAAUAAUCACAUCUGCCUUUACUAUUGGUAAAUUGCGCGAGUUGUUUAGUCGCUAUGGAAUUCCAGACAAAAUUGUUAGCGACAAUGGAACUCAAUUCAAGUCUGCCGAAUUCAAUGACUUUACCACACGUAACAAUAUUGAACACAUUUUCACUUCCCCAGGUCAUGCCGCAACAAAUGGCCAGGCUGAGAAUUUUGUAAAAACGUUCAAAAAGUCAUUCAUUGCUAGUGUAAACAGUGCAAAGUCAAUGAAUUCAUCGCAUAAUAUAGACACGAUUAUAAAUCGAAUUUUGCUCGAUUAUCGUAGCACAAUCCACUGUACAACAAAUGAAACGCCAGCGAAAUUAUUUUUUGGACGCACUUUGCGUACACACUUCAGUAAUUUGCGACCACCAACCGUUAGUGAGGUAGUUGAAAGCAAGCAAAACAAACAAAUAAAAUAUUUCAAAGGCAAACGAAAUGUAACUUUUAAUAAAGGUCAAAAAGUUAUGAUUAGAAAUUACAAAGAUCCUAACAAUGCAUCAUGGUUGCCAGCAAAGAUAAAACGAAAAAUGGGUCCACGUACGUAUACUUGUGUCUACACACACAACAAUAAAGAAAUAAAUCGUCAUUUGGAUCAAAUUCGUGAUCAAUCUAUUGAUACAGAUAAAUCUCUAUAUGAAGAUGUUAAGGCAAAUGCGACUGUGAUCAGUGUUUCUGAUGAGGGUUCAGGUAAUGAAUUGCAAUCGUCACCGUCAUCUAGCAACGAUUCUAAGGCUAAUGAUCCGGACUGGAUUCCAAAUGCAACUCGAAGCACUUCGGAUUCGGGCCAUCAUGAAAAACAAAGAAAAUUGCGCUCGUACAGAAAUCGUAAAGUUAGUUGA